UGUGCCCUGAUCCUACUCAAGAGCUGCAGUGUUUGGAUGGAAGUUGUGUUCCACAUUCAGUUGUUUGUAACUUUAAGCAAGACUGCCUUCAUAAUACAGAUGAGGAGUACUGUGGUCUGUCAUGUGACUUUGAAGGCACGUGUGAUUGGAUAAGUCCUCCUAUUGACAUGUUCACUCCUGGAUGGGAGGUGCGAGAAGGGCCAUCACCCAACCCUAACACCGGGCCACCUGGAGGUUAUGACCCUAGUGGAGAUGCUCUAGGAAAUUACACCUAUGUCAGUUCUCAAGGAAAAUCAGCAGGGGCAAAGGCAGAGCUGGAGAGCCUGACAUAUCAAGAAACCGGAGCUCUUUGUAGCAUCAACUUCUUCUACUACAUGAAUGGCACAGAUGUUGGGACACUGACAUUGAUGGUUGCCAUGGACAACCAGAGGUAUCCCAUCUGGCAACGCUCUGGUAGUCAAGCAGCACGGUGGAUAGAUGAACUUAUCCUUCUAAGGUCAAUACCCUCACCAUUUCAGCUCAUCUUUGAGGCUACCAUGACUGGUGGAAAUUCUGGAGACAUCGCUCUUGAUAAUAUACAGCUUCUAGACUGCUCUCCAGAUCAUAUAGCUCCCCCUUGUUCAGGUAAUGGCCAUUUUGAAUGUACCAACUUGGAAUGUAUCCCUCGACAUCAAGUGUGUGAUCUUCGACAGCACUGUCUUUUUGGAGAGGAUGAGAAUGACACAGCCUGUGGUCACAUUCCAUAUGGAGCCAGAUGCGACUUUGAGUCUGGACUCUGUGGAUGGUACGACAUCGUGGGCCAAGACCAACAGAACUGGACCAGGCAUCAUGGCUCUACCAAGUCUACAGGGACAGGUCCUAGUGUGGACCAUACUCUAGGAACUGAAGAAGGUUAUUACAUUUAUUACGAGACAUCCCAAAUCGGUGCGGGGCAUGAGGCUUAUAUCAGGAGUCCAGUGUUUGAGGCUCCUCCUGCAGCUACCAGAAAUAGCACCAGCCCCAUGUAUGAGGCAUGUGAGUUUCGUUUUGCAUACCACAUGUAUGGCACCAAUCCUAGCACGCUUAAGGUCUUUGCCAUAUCUGCAGAAAACCCUGACAUUUCAAGCCAACUUUUCAGCGAGUACAAUGGGAAUGUCGAUAGAUGGAAAGAAGUUGUAGAGACAAUCCCUGCUGUUAUCACAGACAGAUACUUCAUACAGAUUGAAGCAACAAGGGGCCGUGGCUGGAAGGGGGACGUUGCCGUCGAUGAUGUCUCUCUAAGCCCAGAAUGCUUUGAGAAAAAUGCUACUAUAGUGGGAUCAACGGUAGGGUACACAAGCACAUGGUCUGCGGGGCCACGGACGACCGAUAUGACAGCAUACCCCACCCCUACCAAAGUCAUGACAGAUCCAUCCUUUAGAGCAACAACAACCACUACUACCACAACCACUAGAAAGGAACCCAUUCCAAAUGUUAACUUCACCUUCACAACCUGUGGCACCCAUGGACCUUAUGGACCUACCCAAGCCAAGUGCACUGCAGCCUACCGGUACAGUAACCUUACAGUCAGAGUGCUAAACCAUGAAGAUUCCAUUGCGUUGGCAGGGGUGCAAGUCUGGAUUGUGCCAGAGACAAGGCUCUAUAGUAUAACUGCAUAUGGUGCAAGUGGAGGAGCUGGAGUUGAGAACUCUGGGCCAAGCAAGGGAGCUAAGGUUGAAGCCAUCUUUAAUUUGACCGCAGGGGACCAGCUCUUCAUUUUGGUUGGUCAAGAGGGUGAAAGUGCAUGCAGUGAUCCUGAUGUGUUGUUUUCCCACUACUGUAGUGGUAAUGCCAACGAGCAAGCCAAGCUCCAGCUAGGUGAAGGAGGCUGGAGUGCUGGAGGCGGUGGAGCAGGAGGUGGAGGAACUUUCAUUGCUCUAAUGAAUGAAAAUUCCCCAGAGCUCACUCCUCUCUUGGUUGCAGCUGGGGGAGGGGGUCUUGCUUUCAGCCCCUCCCCGUCUACCAGCUAUAGUCAUGGGAGGGUGGGGUCAGCAGGCCAAGGGGUCUCAGGAGAGCAUGGAGCAUCAUCAAGGGACACAGCUGGAGCCGGAGGGGGUUGGAAUUCUACCCAUGAUCAUGAGCCUACCGGUAGGUCUUUCCUCCAGGGGGCGACUGGUGGUAGGGAGUGUCUCUUAGCCUAUGAAGACUUCAGAUGGAACACCCAUGGGGGCUUUGGUGGAGGAGGAGGGGCAUGUACGACAGGUGGUGGUGGAGGGGGUUACACAGGGGGUAACGCUUCUCUCGUCAAAUCACUUGAGGGAGAUGGUCAAGGAGGAAUGUCAUUUAUUCAUCCUUCAGUGAUGGAACCAGUAGCAGUAGCUGGAGCGAGAUCUGGCCCGGGUGAGGUCAUCGUUGUUGCUACUGUUUUCUGCCCAGAAGGGUCUUAUAGAACAGCUGACAAACAAAACUGUUUAGCUGCCACAUCAUCACCACCCGGACACUCCUUACCAAUCUCAAAGAUCACUAUUAUCAUCAUUCUUCUUGUUUUUAUUUUCCUGACAAUUUUAUCAAUCUGUCUUGUAUUCAAGUAUAAGGAACAUAAGCUGAAAGAGGCUGAAAGUAAGAUGGAAGCCAGUUACCAGCUAUCCCAACUUCGGAAUAACUUUGCCAUUGAUGUCAAUCCCUGCUACACAAUCCCAGGAAAGGACACUCCAGCAUCAACCCAUGACCUCAAAGAGCUCCCAAGAGAUAAUCUCAGAUUGAUAAGUGCUCUUGGGCAAGGGGCAUUCGGUGAAGUCUUCCGUGGGGUAUACCAACCUCUUCACCAGAAAUCUGAGAUAGACAUUGCAGUCAAGACCCUACCAGAGCAUUGUACAGAGCAGGACGAGUUGGAUUUUUUGAUGGAAGCGCUCAUCAUGGGUAACUUUGAGCAUCCCAAUGUUGUGUCUCUACUGGGAGUUUGUUUCAAGGAGAAGCCACAUUUUAUUGUCCUGGAGUACAUGGAAGGGGGAGAACUGAAGCAGUUUCUCAGGGAUAUCAGACCUACGGAGGAAAAGCCUUCUUCCGUUAAAAUGAAGGACCUAUUACAGAUAGCCCAGGAUGUAGCUCAAGGGUGCCGCUACCUUGAAUCCAGACGUUUCAUCCAUCGAGACAUAGCAGCAAGAAAUAUCUUAUUGACUACCAAGGAGUUUGAUCGUGUAGCAAAAAUAGCAGACUUUGGCAUGGCAAGGGAUAUAUACAGGGCUGAUUAUUAUCGGAAGGGAGGGCAGGCUCUUCUCCCAGUGAAAUGGAUGCCACCUGAAGCAUUCCAAGAUGGUAUCUUCACAUCUAAGACUGAUGUUUGGGCAUAUGGUGUAUUACUGUGGGAGAUCAUCUCGUUAGGAUUCAUGCCAUAUCCUGGUAUGAGUAAUCAAGAAGUGAUUCAGUUCGUAGCAGCAGGAGAGAGAAUGAACCCACCAAGGAGCUGCCCUCAACCUGUAUUUAAUUUGAUGUCCCAGUGUUGGCGUCACAUCCCCGAAGAUCGACCUGCAUUCACCACUGUUCUAGAAAGCAUUAAUUACUGCUUACAGGAUCCAGAUGUUUUGGAAACACCACUUCCCAAGGUACUCACAGAACGGAAGAAACAACUGACAAUCAUGAGACCUCCAGACCCCAAGAGAUCCCCUGUUCUGAGGGUGGAAAAGGUUGUUAGGUCCAGAGAACCCUCGCCUUGCAGUAGCCAGAGGGAGUCGCCCCUCCGUCACACCCCAUCCCCAACCUACAAGCCUUCUUGGGCGGGGCAACCUAGUGAAGGAUCAUCACAGCAGGGGCUCCAUCACCCUGUUGAAGGCAGGCAGCAUCAUAACCAAUCACCUGUCCAGUCGUCUUCGGUGCUACUCACCAACAAAUCUUAUGGCUUUAGUUACCCCUUUAGAGACAGUGCAGGAGAUGCUAUGGAAGGAACUUGCCAGAAUGGUUUUCCUAAGGAUGCAGUGCAAAUUAAUAACCUCAGUCCAACCAGGCAUGUUAAUGAAACAGAACAAUCUGGUGAGAUGUCCACUCUUCUUAAAAUAAAGGGUGGCAAAUCUUCAAGAAGUGACAGUUCGACGAGUGUCCCGGGAGGCCGCCAGGAACCUAGAUGUAAACCUGAUCCAGCGUGUAAAGCCAGGAGAUCGGCAAGCAUGCGUCAGGAGGCACCCAGGGAAUUCACCAAGCUUCCGUUGUCACGAGGACUGAGCUGGAGCCAAAGGCCCUCUUUACAAGACAAUCAAAACCUUCAAGAUGCUGAUAUCCAUCGUUCCUCGAGUCUUCCUGGUAUCCCGGUCAUUGUGACUGCAUCUGAUUCUCCUUCAAGUGACACUACCACAUUACAACCGCAGCUGAAGAGUGCCACCAAUGGCAGCUUCUCUCGGGCAGGAAGCCUGAAGCAAAAACUGAGCAAGAAGUUGUCGAGGGACUAUCGUAACACAGACAGCGAACCCCUGGUUAGUAGCAGCACAUCCGAAGACAAUAUGAUCCUCAACAAACAGUCACAAGAUACCUUUUUAUAGCAUCCGUAAACAAGCAUUCUAUUAUUUUUACUGCCUUUUAUCGCACGACUCUGAUGAUAAGAAUGUUGAUUGUUGUACUGUAAAGUGCAUAUGUCAACCAGAAAAGGUGCUAAUUAUUUUUCAAUAACCCUGGUGCCAUGUGGGCCAGCUGGUUCUAGUGCUGUGUUACAGCAUGCAAGGGAUCAAUCAAUCAAUAGUAACAAAAUAUUUCAACAGUUGUAGGCCUGUAUUUCAAUUGUAAUUGAAUGUAUUGAGCAAACAUUUUGGUUUGACGUCUGUUACUUAAUUACUUUAUAGACAACUUUAUGAUGUUCAUUAAUUCCCUGAUGUUUCAGAAAUAAUGUAAAUAUGGAAAUGUUAUAAUAAUCACUAUUGAAUAUGGAAAAAGAGAAUAUAUAUAUAUUUAUGUUUAAUGCUCUAAAAAUUGAUCAAGUAUUAUAGUUGAUUGAGAAUUUAAAUGCUGCAUAUGUAAAUUAUUCCUACUUAAAACAAUGGUGAUUCAUGCAAAAAUAAUGUGCAAAUUUAAUGAAUGAAAUGAUGCGAAAAAAAAAGAAAUAUAUAUUGCAAUAUUUAUGAAAUUAUUAUUCAUAGAUGAUGAUGUACUCUUUUUAUACUUAAAUUUUUAAUGAUGGUAUUUGUUUAUCUUGUAAUAUGCAAUAUAAGGUGGCAAGUCUUAUUUAUGAUGGAUUAUUUGAUAUAUGGUAUGUUAGUUUUUGUCUAGCCUGCGUCGCAGAACAAGACAAUGGGUCAGACCUUCUGAUGCAUAAAAAGAAGCAAUUGCUAGCGAGCAAUUGUUUGAGCAUAACUUCUCGGGCAAGUUCAUAAAAUAUGUACAUUCGACCCCCUUUAUGUGGGACCUUUAUGAAAUUUUCUGUCUCUGAUUUCUUGUUCUUUUGACAGCCUGUAAUGUUCUCAAGGAACCAUGACUUGGUCAGUA